AGGCUCUCCAUUUGGGGACAUUAAUGGCUGCCCAUGGCUAUUUCUUUCCAAUCUCAGAUCAUGUUCUCACAUUAAAGGAUGAUGGCACAUUUUACCGAUUUCAAACACCCUAUUUUUGGCCAUCAAAUUGUUGGGAGCCGGAAAAUACAGACUAUGCUGUUUACCUCUGCAAGAGAACAAUGCAAAACAAAGCCCGCCUGGAGCUGGCAGAUUAUGAAGCUGAGAGCUUGGCUAGACUACAACGAGCAUUUGCCCGGAAGUGGGAGUUUAUUUUUAUGCAAGCAGAAGCACAAGCAAAAGUUGACAAGAAAAGAGACAAGAUAGAAAGGAAGAUUCUUGAUAGCCAGGAACGAGCCUUCUGGGAUGUACACAGACCAGUGCCUGGUUGUGUAAACACAACCGAAGUGGAUAUUAAAAAAUCAUCCAGAAUGAGGAACCCUCACAAAACUCGAAAGUCGGUCUAUGGAUUACAAAAUGAUAUUCGAAGCCACAGCCCAACACACACACCCAUACCAGAAACUAAACCUCCAACAGAAGAUGAAUUGCACCAACAGAUAAAAUACUGGCAAAUACAGUUAGACAGACAUCGGUUAAAAAUGUCCAAAGUUGCUGAUAGUCUACUAAGCUACACAGAACAGUAUGUUGAAUAUGACCCCUUUCUUGUGCCACCUGACCCUUCUAAUCCAUGGAUGUCAGAUGAUACCACUUUCUGGGAACUUGAAGCAAGCAAAGAACCUGGCCAGCAGAGAGUUAAACGAUGGGGUUUUGGCAUGGAUGAAGCAUUGAAAGAUCCAGUUGGGAGAGAACAGUUCCUCAAAUUUCUAGAGUCAGAAUUCAGUUCAGAAAAUUUGAGGUUUUGGCUGGCAGUGGAAGACUUGAAGAAAAGAACUAUUCGGGAAGUCCCCACCCGAGUCCAGGAAAUAUGGCAGGAAUUUCUGGCUCCAGGUGCCCCCAGUGCCAUUAAUUUGGAUUCCAAAAGCUAUGACAAAACCACACAAAAUGUGAAGGAGCCAGGACGGUAUACAUUUGAAGAUGCUCAGGAGCACAUUUACAAAUUGAUGAAAAGUGAUUCCUACCCACGUUUCAUACGAUCCAGUGCCUACCAGGAGCUGCUACAGGCAAAGAAAAAGGGGAAAUCGCUCACAUCAAAGAGGUUAACCAGUCUAGUUCAGUCCUAUUAAAAAGGAUCUACUUGUAGCAUGGACCCAGCCUCGAAUCAUUAUAUAUACUUUGUAGCUCACUAAUUCCCUGGAUCAGAGGACAUUAGACCAAGAUGUUGCAUGAGCAAAGGACUGGAUUUGUUCUCUUUUGUGUACACUAAAGCAUUACAGACUCCGAGGGACUCUCCCUUCUCACUGCUUCCAUUUCAAACCUUGUCUGUUCACUUCCUCCUUCAUAUCAAGCUGGAUCUGUCUAUUACUUUUCUGCAAGUUCAAGUACAGUGAAAACUUUUUUUGAAA